CUGAGAGCUUUUAAACUUCAAGAAACAUGGAUAUUAAAACGGAGUCUGAAGACAAUCUGGACUGCGACCAGCCCGCGCCCAUUGAAGUUUUCGCCAGCAGGUCCACGCUCCAUGGCAUCUCGCACAUGUUCAGUUAUGAACGCCAGUGCAUCAAACGAUGCAUCUGGAUAAUGUUUUUCAUGGGUUCGUUUUCGUUCCUGGUGCUUGUUUGCGUGGACCGCAUCAAGUUUUACUUCCAGUACCCCCAUGUCACCAAGCUGGACGAGGUCACGGCACCAAUGAUGGCGUUUCCCGCCAUUACCUUCUGCAACCUGAACUCUUUCCGCUUCGGCCGCGUGACGCGCAACGACCUGUACCACGCGGGCGAGCUGCUCGCGCUGUUAAACGGCAGGUAUGAGAUCCGGGAUACACACAUGGUGGAGGAGAGCGUUAUGAUGACCCUGAAGGAUAAGGCGGACUUCUCCAGCUUCAAGCCCCGCCCCUUCAACAUGCGCGAGUUCUACGAUCGAGUGGGCCACGACAUUAAGGAAAUGCUGCUGUCCUGCUACUUCAGAGGAGUGGAAUGCAGUGCCGAAGACUUCUCAGUGGAGCAGAGCUGUGGUGUGUGUUUGUCAGUGAUGGAUGACGCUGAAGCGUCUGCUUGUUUGCCGUGA